CCCAUCACUGCUGUCCCCAAGCUUAGAGGUGACACUUCAGCUCUGCUGAGCCUGCUGAGGAGCUGGCUCCCACUCAGGGCUGGUUUAUCCAUCAUCUCUUUCUGGCAGACACCUCCUCCUAAGACACAUAGUGAUUUAGGAGCUCAGCUGCAGUUGUGGUGCCUGGAAUGCAUCCUGACAAGGACACUGCCACUCAGUGGAGUGUGGUCCAAACACUCACACAUGAGCUAUUUAUUCCCUUAAAUUGUGCAGUGCUUCAUUCCCAAGUUGCAGCACAACUGUUUUAUUCCCCAAAGUACUUAAUUCCUAUUUUCAAGACCUAGGAAUUCCCAGUAUCAUAUCAGAGCUCUCAUGGUGUUGAUGCUUCUUGUUCUUGACUGUGUUUUUUAGUAAACUCUGUGUUCCCAUGUAUUCUUCCAUAGUUGGUUUGGGCAGGAAUGUUUGUCUGUAAACUAUGCCAAAAAGAGGGGUUAAAAUUCUCCAAAAGUUAUAGGAGCUAGUUGAUGAAUGAUGAGAGGAAAAGAAUUUUUCUAAAGAUACUUAAUUAGGGUUUGUCACUAAAAUUGUUGCUAAAUCAUAAACAACUCAAAUCUCUGAUAAUGCAGAACUCUGUAUCUAUAAUCUGUUACUUUGCUUGAGAAGGGAAAAUCGUUUAUGUUGUGUGUUUUCCCAAAAUCCAGGCCAUCAAGGUCUGUCCUCUGGAUUAUUAAGACACAGGUAAAAGCUAGCAACAAAAGUAAAAAUUUUCAAGUUCCUCUCCCUCUUUCCCUCCCACUUGUUGCCUAUUUUUAAUCCCAUGCUAGAUACAGUUGACAGGCAGUGAUCUAAACUCUCUUAACAAUUUGGCUUUCAAACAUGUUUGAGUCACUUGUUCCAGACCUAGAUCUCUCCUUUUUGCUCUGUGGGUUACUCUCUUGGCUCUUACUUACUCUCACACUCUGCCCACUGUGUGGUCCAGAACAUUUAUUUCACCUGCUAAAUACCUAUGAGGAAACAAUUUUGGGCUCUUCAGGAGCUCUGGUUAUCUCUAUUUGUUCGUCUCAAGUUGUAGUUUGCACUGCUUGUACUCUUGGCUCUCAGUGUCAUGUGUGAGUCUCUCUCCUGUUAGAUACUUGAGCAUUAUUUAUGGAGUGUUUGUAAACUUACAGGCAGAGUGUCUGGGAAUGUUUGCUGUGUUCCCAUGGAGCUGAACUGUAUUUUGACAGCUGGUUAAUGCCACAAAGCCUCCAGAGGUUACUGCUCCUUAUCUGCCAUUCCUCCACCACUUAGAUGACUUGUGAUAGCUGUCCUGCAGAUACAGCUGUGAUUGGCAAUCUCAAUUUCAAAAUGUAGGCUCUUGCACAUAUCAGUUAUUUGUAGGAUUAGUUCAGAGCCAGUAGUUUUGCUUUCCUUUGUAAAUACGAGUAAUUUGCUCAAAAUUGAGUUGAGAGUUGGUGUUAACAAAUCCUAUUUUUAAUAUUAAAGUUCCUGUUGUGAGUCUUCACAAUUAAAGCACUUUGUAAAGUGUAUAUAUAUUGUUUUAUUAGAGCAAACUAAGGUACAGAGAAGUUAAAAGGUUUCUUGGGGUCAUAGUACAUUCAAGAUCAGAUUCAAAGGAAAACAGUACAGUUCAACUUGGGACCUUGUCUACUUUUAUGGUAACUAACACCCCUCCCUGUAGUACCAGAAGUCACCAAUUGCUUCUCUGCAAUCUAAUCUCUCCCCAUUGCUUAUGUUUGGAGUUAAAAAUGAGGUUUCAGUCAUCGUUUGUAGUGAGUGCAGUGAAUGUUGAAACCUGAAAGCAUUCUGCUGUUCCCUGUUUGAGAGAUGUCCCCUGAAACUGGGGCGAGCUGGGCCUUGGCACCAGGAGGAAAAACAAAGAACUUGGGCUGUAGAGUUCCUCGAGGCUGUGUAUCAUCCUGAGCAAUGGCCCCCUUUUUACGGAUAUCUUUCAACUCCUUUGAGCUGGGACCUGUGCAGAAUCAAGGAGAACAAUUACAGCCUUUCUGUGCUAUCAAGAUGAAGGAAGCUCUGACUACAGAGAGAGGAAAAACUCUGAUUCAGAAGAAACCCACUAUGUAUCCCGAAUGGAAAUCGACUUUUGAUGCCCACAUUUACGAGGGCCGGGUGAUCCAGAUUGUGCUGAUGAAAGCAGCAGAGGAGCCUCUGUCUGAAGUGACUGUGGGGGUGUCAGUGCUGGCAGAACGGUGCAAGAAAGGCAAUGGCAAAGCAGAGUUCUGGCUUGACCUUCAGCCUCAGGGGAAGGUGCUGAUGGCUGUGCAGUAUUUUUUGGAAGAUUCAGACUGCAGACAGUCGAUGAGGGAAGAGGAGGGGACAGUAACUAUCAACAGGAGAGGAGCUAUCAAGCAAGCCAAGAUUCACUACAUCAAAAAUCAUGAAUUUAUCGCCACCUUCUUUGGACAACCUACAUUUUGUUCUGUCUGCAGAGACUUUGUAUGGGGACUCAACAAGCAGGGAUACAAAUGUAGACAAUGCAAUGCUGCUAUUCAUAAGAAAUGCAUUGAUAAAAUCAUUGGGAGGUGUACUGGUACUGCAGCCAACAGCAGGGACACAAUGUUCCAGAAGGAGCGAUUCAACAUCGACAUGCCCCACCGCUUCCGAGUGUACAACUACAUGAGCCCCACCUUCUGUGACCACUGUGGCAGCCUGCUCUGGGGGCUGGUCAGGCAAGGGCUCAAGUGUGAAGAGUGUGGGAUGAAUGUGCAUCAUAAAUGCCAGAAGAAGGUGGCAAACUUAUGUGGAAUAAACCAGAAGUUGCUAGCUGAAGCUUUAAAUCAAGUUAGCCAGAAAUCUACACGAAGGUCUGAUUCUGGAUCUGUAGAAAGUGUUGGUAUUUAUCAAGAUUUUGAUAAGAAACAUAAAGCUCCAGGAGGAGACACAACAGCAGAUAACAGCGAGUACGAUAAGCUCUGGGAGGGAAACACAACCAAGCCAGUGCCGAGAACUGCAAGGAGAAAAUUCAACAUAGACAGCUUUGUCUUCCACAAAGUGCUGGGGAAAGGCAGCUUUGGAAAGGUUCUGCUUGCAGAGCUGAAAGGGAAGAAUGAAUUCUUUGCUAUCAAAGCUCUGAAAAAGGACGUGGUGCUAAUUGAUGAUGACGUGGAGUGUACCAUGGUGGAAAAGAGAGUCCUGGCUCUUGCCUGGGAAAAUCCAUUUCUCACACAUCUUUACUGCACGUUUCAGACAAAGGAUCAUUUGUUCUUCGUUAUGGAGUUCCUGAAUGGGGGAGACCUGAUGUUCCACAUCCAAGACAAAGGGCGCUUCGACCUCUACAGAGCAACGUUUUAUGGAGCUGAAAUUGUAUGUGGGCUCCAGUUUCUUCACAGCAAAGGCAUUAUUUAUAGAGACCUAAAACUGGACAAUGUGAUGCUUGAUAAAGAAGGCCACAUCAAAAUCGCUGAUUUUGGGAUGUGCAAAGAAAACGUUGUUGGUGACAACAAGGCGAGCACUUUCUGUGGGACCCCCGACUACAUCGCUCCUGAGAUCCUGCAGGGUUUGCGGUACACGUUCUCCGUGGACUGGUGGUCCUUUGGGGUGCUGCUCUAUGAGAUGCUCAUUGGCCAGUCCCCUUUCCAUGGGGAUGAUGAAGAUGAACUGUUUGAGUCAAUCCGAGUGGACACCCCUCACUACCCACGCUGGAUUACCAAGGAAUCCAAGGAUAUCUUAGAAAAGCUCUUUGAAAGGGAUCCAGCAAAACGACUUGGGGUCACUGGGAAUAUCAGAGACCAUCCUUUCUUCAAAACAAUCAACUGGACAGCGCUAGAGAAGAGGGAGGUGGACCCUCCCUUCAGGCCAAAAGUGAAAUCAGCAAGUGACUACAACAACUUCGACAGAGAAUUUCUGAGUGAGAAGCCAAAAUUGUCUUACAGUGACAAAAACCUGAUUGAAUCCAUGGAUCAGUCUGCAUUUGAUGGAUUUUCUUUUAUUAACCCGAAAUUUGAACAGAUCUUGAACAAGUAAGUUUCUGAACAGCUGGACUUUAAAGCAGGGUUACACAUUACAAACCCAGACUCCCAAGUGUUAAUGCAUUCCAACGACAUCAAGACUUCAGAAUAAUACACAGUAGUGUGAUGAAUUAUGUUCAACUCCUGAUUUAUUGGGAGUGUUUUUAUGCAUGGUUGGGUUUAAGGUAUGUGAAUCAUGUGCAUUAUUUUCUCUGUGUGGGAAAAUGUAAAUUCUGUUUGGUACUUGAAUGUAGUUAUGUUAUAUAUAUAUAUAUAUAUAUGUGUGUGUGUGCUGUAUAUUUUGCUCGAGAGAAGGCAUUGGGGAACAGAAGAUGUCUUUUUAAAAUGUGUUUGAGCCCUUGGUUCUUUUGUUUGUCUUCAAUUAAAAGAACGUUUAAUGUAACUUU